CUACUGAGUUGUGCAAUGCGCAGCACAACCAUUAUUUAUUUGUCAAAGUCAAGACUCCAUGUUAAACCACGAGUCACGCUGCUCGGCUUAAAUUGGAAAUUAAAUUUAAACGAUGAUUUUAGUUGUUCCCCUAUUCUUCGUCUAGCACCAAAUAUGUCUUCCAUACUCCCAAUCAUCAUCUAUCUAUUUGCUCUCUUCACCCACUCCCACUCCCAAUCCCAAUCCCAAUCCCAAUCCCAAUCCAUUUCUUCCCCCACCAUAUGCAUCAUCGGCAGCGGCAUCGCUGGCUCCUCCCUUGCUCACUUUCUCCGCAGUUACUCCCCUCCCAACUCUCCGUCUUCCGCCGCUCGUAUACUCCUUUUCGAGCGAAACGACAUCGUCGGAGGCCGCAUGGCCACUGUCACAAUCUCCGGUGAGACCUUCGAGGCCGGUGCCUCCAUUCUUCAUCCAUUGAAUUAUCACGCCUCCAAUUUCACUAGAUUGCUUAAUUUGAAACCAAGGACACCUCCCACUUCUGAGAGCUCUUUGUCUCUGGGUAUUUGGAAUGGUAGCAAGUUUGUGUUCAAAACAGUUACUUCUCAUUCUAAGAAUCCGUUUGUGCAGAAGAUAGUCUCCUUUGCUAAUUCUCUUUACAUGUUAUUGCGCUACGGCUUCUCGCUUUUCAAAAUGAACAGCUUCGUUGAGGUUACUGUGAAUAAGUUUUUGAAGUAUUACCAGAGCUUUGAAACGAGACCCACUUUCGAGACUGUAGAUGAGAUGCUUAAGUGGGCUGGUUUGUACAAUCUAACUACUUGCACUUUACACGAUGAAUUGGUGAAUGUUGCAUUGACUCCUCUAUUGGUUCAAGAACUUGUUACCGUCAUUACAAGAAUUAAUUAUGGUCAAAGUGUUUAUAUCAGUGGACUUGCCGGAGCAGUUUCCUUGGCAGGGUCUGGUGGAGGUUUGUGGUCCAUUGAAGGAGGGAACCGGCAAAUGGCUAGUGGGCUAAUUAAUAGAUCAGAUGUUGAAUUGCACCUCCAUGAAGAAAUAUAUUCCAUCUUUAAUCUGGGGGAAUAUUAUGAGCUGAGCUCUACUAAGGGAAGGAGUUACAUGUGUGAAGUCACAGCUAUUGCUACACCACUAGAUGAGUUGAAUAUUCAAUUUACACCUCCAAUAUCAAUUCCUGAGCGUCAUUUACAACACACACAUGCAACUUUUGUGCGGGGCCUCCUAAACCCUGGAUACUUUGGCCUGCAAACUGUAUCAGAAAUUCCAGAACUGGUGGGCACCAUUGAGGAGCCUGACCUUCCAUUCUCAAGCAUUUCUGUUCUCAAGCAACACAAUGAGACUGAUAUGACUUACAAAAUAUUCUCUCGGAAAGCAAUGCCUGAUUCAUUACUUGAGAGCAUUUUUAGUGUGAGGAAGGAGACUAUAAGAAUAAACUGGGCUGCUUACCCUCAUUAUAAAGCUCCUGAAGUAUUUGCCCCUUUUAUUUUGGAUGGUAAGCAGUUGUACUAUGCGAAUGCCUUUGAGAAUGCAGCUAGCACCAUGGAAACAAGUGCCGUGGCAGCUGAGAAUGUAGCACGACUCAUCCUGUCCAGACAUUUCGGCGAGGGAUCCUCAAGGUCAUCCAACUUAAUGAGCUCCUUUUCUGAUGAUAAGUUGUUGCAUUCAGAUUUGUGAUUGAAAUGUGUAAACACAACGGGGCUGUGAAUAAGGUAGGAGAGUGUAAAAGGGUUCUUCUAUAAUACACUCGGAUACCCAGGUGUCGGUGCCCCGUUUGAGACAAAAUCACCAGUAAAAUUUAUAAGAUCUUAUGGUGUGAGCAAAGAAUUGUGUCAAAAGGCCUUUGAAGUUGUAUCAAAGGAUUUCGGAUGUUGUGCCAAAUGUAGAGAGUAUGACAUCAGAAUACCUAUGUGGUUACUUUGUUAAAUAAAAUUCUACUUAAUCAA